AUGUGCUGCGCUCACCGGUACAAGCUUCGACAUACUGAUUCGCAUAUACUGCACAAAACGGACGUGGUCUCCUCGGUCACCGUGCACGACAAAAUGUACGGAAACUUCUCGGCCGUUUCAUACCACACGCUGCUUCGAGACUUUUCGACCACUCUGCACUACUCGCCGUAUAGAGGCUUCUCGGCUCCCGUGCACGACAAAAUGUACGGAAACUUCUCGGCCACCCUGUACCACUCACCGUAUAGAGACUUCUCGGCCGCCAUGCACGACAAAAUAUACGAAAACUUCUCGACCGUUUCAUACCACACGCUGCUUAGAGACUUUUCGACCACUCUGCACUACUCGCCGUAUAGAGGCUUCUCGGCUCCCGUGCACGACAAAAUGUACGGAAACUUCUCGACCGUUUCAUACCACACGCUGCUUAGAGACUUUUCGACCACUCUGCACUACUCGCCGUAUAGAGGCUUCUCGGCUCCCGUGCACGACAAAAUGUACGGAAACUUCUCGACCGUUUCAUACCACACGCUGCUUAGAGACUUUUCGACCACUCUGCACUACUCGCCGUAUAGAGGCUUCUCGGCUCCCGUGCACGACAAAAUGUACGGAAACUUCUCGACCGCUCUGCACAACACGCUGUAUAGAGACUUCUGGUUCGCCAUGCACAAUGAAAUGUACGGAGAGUACAACUGCUCGUGUGGAGACUUCUCGGACACCAUAUAUGCCUACCUACAAGCAUGA